CCGGAAGUGUGUCGUGCUCGCAAGAUGGCGACUCCCUAUGUGACUGAUGAGACCGGGAAGUACAUUGCCUCGACACAGCGCCCAGACGGGACGUGGCGGAAGCAGCGGCGGGUGAAGGCCGGUUACGUGCCACAGGAGGAGGUGCCGGUGUAAGUGACGGUGUCCGUGUCCCCGGUGCCACACGUGGGGCAUGUCCCAUCCCGUUCCCUCCAUCCCCGGUGACAUCUUGAGCUCCAAGUCUCUUUCCAGGUAUGAGAACAAAUACGUCAAGUUCUUCCGGAGCAAACCAGAGCUGCCACCAGGGCUGAACCCAGAAGCAGCAGCAGCACCCGGGAAAGCAGAGCCCAGCGACACGGGACUAUCCAAGGCAGCCAAACGGAACUUGAAACGGAAGGAGAAGAGGAAGCAGCAGCAGGAAAAGGGGGAGCGGGACACGGACGAACUGAUCCAGGCGCUGGAGCGCUCGGCACUGUCGGAGCCGCUGCCGGGCUGUGGCACUGCCAGCCCUGUCGUGAGCCCUGGCACCAGCCCCGGUGACGCUCCGGCCUCAGAGAGGAGCCGGAGGCUGAAGAACCUGCGGAAGAAGCUGCGGCAGGUAGAGGAACUGCAGCAGCGCCUGGACGCCGGUGAGGUCCCAAAUCCCACCCGCGAGCAGCUUGAGAAGCUGAGCCGGAGGAAAACACUGGAGGAGGAACUGCGGGACCUGGAGAGGGACUCAUAGCGGGGGAAUCAGGGGGUGUGGGGGGUGGUAUUGGAACAGUUGUUCCCACUGUUGGGAACGCAGCAGCGUUUGGACACUUCUCCCUUUAUCCUUCUUUUUUAUUUGCUGUUUUAUUUUAUUGGGGGGGUCUCAUCUCGUGGCCCCCUCCCCACCCAGCCCCUCGUGUUCCUUGUCAUGGUCUUGUCCCGGCCUUGUUUCAAACCCUGGUGACAAUAAACCCAGCAGAGCCCCAGCGCUGGCA